AUGGGUCUCUUGCUUUGCAUUUAAAACCCUUCUCUUCUAUCUCCAUCACCAUCAUCUUCACUCUCCAACUUACCAUUUUUUCAUCAAAAAUUCAUUUUCUUCUCAAAAUCUUACACCAUGAACGUUUCUUUUUCUUUAAUCCUCAUUUUUUUACUUCUCUGUUCAUCACCCAUCGCUGCUACACUUCCAAACCCUAACCCUAACCCUAACCCUACUGUUACAGCUUCUCUUGACGACGAUCAUAAUCAUGAUCGUGAUCUAAUUGUUUCAAGAAACCGCCGCCGUUCUUUAACCCAUAAACCACCUUCUUCUUGCAGUUCUUUCCCCCACAAGACUUCACGUUCUCUCUGCAUUCAGUUUCAAAGAAUGAAUCCGCAGCAACAGUACCGCUUCAUCACGCCUCCACCUCCGCCGUCGCCGCCGGGUCAGAUUGAUCCAAGAUUCGGUGUAGAGAAGAGAUUAGUCCCAUCCGGACCAAACCCUCUUCAUAAUUAAUCAAAAUUUAGUGUUGAAUACACAUUUUCUUGCCUUUUAAUGUCUUUAACUUAAUAUAUUAACCAGUGUCCAUAUUACCAUAUAUCUUCUUCUUCUUCUUUAUUUGUUUACUGUUUCUUGAUUAGCUUUCAAAUCACGUCAUGCUUUCUUCAGCAAAUCUUCGAUAUGGAAGGGACAGUGACUACUACAACUACUGCUGCAAAUUGGAUAAAAACAGAAGCGAUCGAUCAAUCUUUAUUAUACAUUAAUUAGUGAAUUAUAUUGUGGUAGAAGCAAUCAAGAAAAUGAAGAAAUUUCUAUUUGCAUGCUUGUUUUUGAUUAUAUAAGCUAUCAACUAUAAAUAGCAUUAUAAUCUAUAUAUGUAACGUGAAAGAGUAGAGAAUUUUUUUCUGUUUAGUGUAGAAAUGGAAAAAGAAAUCUUAAACAAGCACGGAAAUAGUUUGAUAUUA